AUGUGGACAUUUGGCACGUGCAAAGCUGCCCCCGACAGAUGCUGUGGCAAUUUCCGCUUCCAUCAAGCAGGGGAGGCCGGAGUGCCCCCUGCCAGCAGCACGUUCAAGGUAACUCCGAGGUCUGUGGGGCCGGCCAGCCUGAGUCGGCUCACCUUCAAGGUCUACGCCUCCCAUGAAGAGGGCCCACCUCACCAAACCUCCGUGGAAGUUCACGGGCUUUCGCUCUACUCCGUCCCCGGGGGUCAAUCUAAACGUGCGGAGGAGCUGAGGGCCCGCCCUGAAGGAAGCGUCUCACACCUCCAACGUUACCGUGAGCCACAGACCAGCUGGGGUCCGGAAAUACACUCACACACGAAGCCCGAGAUGCAGGGUCCGGCUCGAUGGGGGCCAGACAGCCGCGGAUAUCUCCAAGGUGUGCCUCCCGGAUCUUUUCCGAGACUUGGCGUUAUUGGCUUUGCCGGCAUUGCGGGAUUUCUUUCGGCUAAAGGUUCAAAGCUAAAGAAGCUGGGGUGUCCUGGGUUCGCGAGAUGAACCGCCUCUCUUGAUUCCCCACAGCAAGCCACUGUAUCUGUCCAGAUCGGUGGAGAGAAAUUACAUGACGGGGCUUUACGAGGAUACACGGUCCUAGAAGAUUUCUGGAAGGAGAACUUCCAAAAGCUGGGAAAUGUGAAGCAUUCACCUGGAAAUAACUAGAAUGUUCCACGU